AUGCCAGCUACUAGGAUGACCCACGCUGAUGUGGGUGAACUGCCGGUGACUGUCACAAAAUCCAGUACCACCCGCCCUCCUCGUGACGGAGAGCUUUCAGGAGUAGAUUACAGCUUCUUGUCGGUGCAGGAGUUCCUUGAGUUGGAGAAGUGUGGAACACUUUUGGAAACUGGAACCUACGAUGGUAACUAUUAUGGAACACCCAAACCACCCAGCCAGUCCCCAUGUGGGACAGUGAUUUCCCAGAAUGCUCUGCAAAACAACUUUUCAGACUGCUGGAAUUUCACACUCAAGUGCACAAAGUCUUACAAUGACAUGCAACAUGCUCGAGUAGUGUCCAUUGAGCAGACAGAAGAUGCAGACUUCAGCACAGACAUGAACAACGCAUUUAUAGGAGACUCCAGCCUGCAGGAAGUGCACGCCCCCUCCAGCGCACUCAGCAACUUGGUUGCGUCUCCUGCAGCGACCAUGGCCAGCUCCCAUCAUCCUCAGCUCCCUUCAGAGGACGACCCGCUUGGCCCGUUGCCGGACAACUGGGAGAUGGCCUACACUGAGACUGGAGAAGUCUACUUUAUAGACCACAACACAAAGACGACCUCAUGGAUGGACCCUCGCUGUCAUGAUAAGCAGCAGAAGCCUUUAGAGGAGUGUGAUGAUGAUGAAGGGGUACACACUGAGGAAACUGACAAUGAACCUGCAGAAUUACCUCCAGGUUGGGAGAAGAUAGACGAUCCAAUGUACGGUGUAUAUUAUGUAGAUCACAUAAACAGAAAGACACAGUAUGAGAACCCAGUGUUGGAAGCUAGACGUAAAAAACAGGUCGAUAUCGAGCAGCCACCAGAAGGUGAGCGCUACGUCAGAGAAUGGAUAGAGGAGCACUCAUCUGCUGGGGCUCCAAUUUCGUCAUACAUUCCAAACCACUUGGAGACAUACAGAGAGCCGCAAAGUGGUCCACAGCUCCCGCCAGUGCCAGGAUAUAAACGAGGGAAGCCUUUUUUUACAAGGAACCCUGCUGAACUCAAGGGUACAUUUAUAAGCACCAAGCUACUGAAAAGCAGACGCGGUUUUGGAUUCACUGUGGUAGGAGGAGACGAGCCAGAUGAGUUCCUACAGAUUAAGAGUCUCAUAGUGGAUGGACCUGCAGCCGUAGAUGGCAAGAUGGAGACAGGUGACGUGAUUGUUAGUGUCAAUGACACUAUUGUCUUGGGCUACACACAUGCACAAGUGGUCAAGAUCUUCCAGUCGAUCCCUAUCGGCUCAGCUGUGCAGCUAGAACUGUGCCGCGGCUACCCACUACCCUUUGACCCUGACGACCCCAAUACCAGCCUUGUGACCUCUGUUGCUAUUCUUGACAAAGAGCCCAUCAUUGUCAAUGGCCAAGAAGCCUUUGAUCCGCCUCUUUUAGGUCCAUGCUCUUCCGGGAUGGGAACAAUAGUCACAACAGGCACAGAACCCCGUCCCUACAGCCCAACAGCUAAGGGAAUAAUGAUGAUGCCAGAGGGCUAUGGCAAUGAUGUAGUGACCCUGGCAUCGUCCAUUGCUACACAGCCCGAGCUCAUCACCGUACACAUGGAAAAGGGCGACAAGGGCUUUGGGUUCACUAUUGCAGACUGUGUCAGCGGGGGUGGUCAGAGGGUCAAGCAGAUUGUGGACUACCCACGUUGCCGUGGCCUUAAAGAGGGUGACAUCCUGGUGGAGGUAAACAAGAGGAAUGUGCAAAACAUGAGUCACAACCAAGUGGUGGACCUGCUUAGCAAGUGCUCUAAAGGCAGCGAAGUCACCAUGCUGGUGCAGAGAGGGGUGGUGCAGGCCAAGAGGAGUCCCAAAGUGCUGCAAUUGGAGAGAAAGGACAGCCAGGGCAGCUCCCAGCACAGCGUCUGCAGCCACCGCAGCGCCCACACUGACUCGCCAGCCCGGGCUGUACCAGCUGUGCCCCCUGUCCCCAGCGAGCCUUUGGUGUCCGCACCCCCAGUACCUCCUCCUCCGACCCAGCCUCUCCCCAGCCUUCCUCCGCUGGAUCCUCCAGCCAAUGGCACACUUCAAAAAAAGCCGGACCCCUUCAAGAUCUGGGCACAGUCCCGUAGCAUGUAUGAAAGCCGAAUGCCAGAUUCUCAAGAACAAGAUGUCUUUCUUUGGAGAAAAGACACUGGGUUUGGCUUCAGGAUCCUUGGAGGAAAUGAACCCGGAGAACCGAUUUAUAUUGGGCACAUCGUAAAGUAUGGUGCUGCAGAUGAAGACGGGCGCUUACGUUCUGGGGAUGAGCUGAUCUGUGUGGACGGCACAGCCGUAGUGGGCAAAUCCCACCAGCUGGUUGUGCAGCUCAUGCAACAGGCGGCCAAACAGGGCCAUGUCAAUCUAACAGUCCGUCGCAAAUCUGGCUAUGGAGUGUGUAAGGGUGAGGGAGAUGUGCCUCCAUCCCCUGCUUCAUCUCACCACAGCAGCACUCAGGCACCUUCCCUGACCGAAGAGAAAAGAACGCCGCAGGGCAGCCAGAAUUCUCUGAAUACGGUUAGCUCAGGAUCUGGCUCCACAAGUGGUAUUGGUAGUGGGGGUGGAGGAGGCAGUGGCAGUGCUGUUGUACCUGCAAUGGCACCUGCUUUGCCAACUGCUUUACAGCCAUAUGAUGUUGAAAUCCAGAGGGGCGAGAAUGAGGGAUUUGGCUUUGUUAUCGUCUCAUCUGUGUCAAGGCCUGAUGCUGGCACAACAUUUGCAGCUGGAAACACUUGUGUGGCCAUGCCCCAUAAAAUAGGUAGAAUCAUCGAGGGCAGUCCAGCAGAUCGUUGUGGAAAGCUGAAGGUGGGUGAUCGCAUUCUUGCUGUCAAUGCCUGCUCCAUCACUAACAAGUCCCACUCAGACAUUGUCAACCUGAUAAAAGAGGCCGGAAGCUCAGUCGCACUGCGCAUCAUUCCUGGAGACGAGUCCUCAAACGCUGCUCUGCUGACUAAUGCUGAAAAGAUUGCCACCAUCACCACCACACACACACCACAGAGCGGCAGUGAAUCCCGAAACAUCAAAUCAAAACAAGCUCUACUCCAACCCGGAACACAAACAUCAAAUCAGGAUGCUGAGUAUUAUUCAGUGGACCUGGAAAGAGACAGUAAAGGUUUUGGCUUUAGUCUGCGAGGAGGAAAGGAGUACAACAUGGACUUGUAUGUACUGAGACUUGCAGAAGAUGGAGCUGCAGUCAGAAAUGGCAAGAUUAGGGUAGGAGAUGAGAUAUUGGAAAUAAAUGGAGAAAGUACAAAGAACAUGAAGCAUUCUCGUGCUAUUGAGCUAAUCAAGAAUGGUGGUCGACGAGCAAGACUUGUCUUGAAAAGAGGAGAUGGCUCUGUGCCUGAAUAUGACGGUCCCAAUGACGGGUACCCUGCCUCACCCGGGUCACAAAAUAUUCCGGAAAUGAAAGAGAUGCCACUAAACGGCCGCUUUCACCUUGCAUCGGAGUCCAGCUAUACAUCAGAACACUACACAACCCCCUGGCCCCAGGACCCGUGGUUAAAAGAGAAAGGGCGUGAACGAGGAAAAGAACGAGGGAGGGAGGAGUAUAGAGACAACACCCAUUACCCCAAACCAUCCCAGCACCACGCUUGGAGCAACAACCAUGCCGAUGGCGGAGGAGCACACUUGCCAUUGCCAUCCCCCUCCUGUUCUCCUGAAAAUGACAAAAGAAACUCUAACCGCAAAGUAAAGAAAUCUGAGUCUGAGAGUGGCAUUUCCAAGCUUUUCAAGACACUAAGAAAAGAAGGUGGCUUUGGAAGGAAAUCUUCAGAUCGGGAGCUGGGGGACCGAGGCCGUCAGCGCUCACCAGAGAGAAGGAAGGGGCCAAAAACACGCCGUGGUUCAUUGGAUCGCUCCCCAACCCGUAAAAAUGCCUCCUCUCCAGAUCGACGUAGGGCAAAAUCCAUGGACCGUCGGGCAGACCGCUUUCAGCGUGAUUAUUCCCCAGAGCAAGGCUUACAAGCUUCAAAUUACGUCCUCAACCGGCAGAUUGGGACACCGGAAUGGCCCUUUCAGCCCCAGCAACAAUGGGAGCCUCAGACACCCAGCCGGAGCUACCGAGAAGAUAGUUACCUUACCUCCACUCCAGAGAGACCCAAUAAAAGCCAGAAGAAUGAGAAAAAUGAUCUUUCCUCCACCGUUUGGGGGGAGAGGUAUUGGAGCAAUGGCGCACAGCAUAGACGCUACAGGAGAGAAUCAGACAGCAGCAGUAAUGGUAGCUUUCUAGAAGAGGCGGUCGCUCCCAGGUUGAAAGAUUACUACAGUGCCCUAAAGGCCAACAGUACAAUUUCAAUUACCCAGUCUAAGAGACGGCUUUACAAGGAGAACCACGACCUCAGCAUCUAAGCACAGAAACUCACCAUGCUAAAUAACUUAUAAAACUGUUUUUUAAGAACCUAAUGGGUGAGGGGUUGUUUGUUAUGAAUGUUAGAAAGACUAAUUGAUUAUUUGCUUUGACUGAUUUUACAUCUGCACAUUUUUCCAAGACAAGAUCAGCCACAAACACAGCAACAGAGCAAUCUUGUGUCUAUUUUCAUUUUUUUUUUCUAUCUCUAGUGUUGUGUUAAUCAGAGAGUAUAGUUUUGUGUAAAUCUAUGUAUUGGUUAAGUCAAGAUCAAGUUUAUUUUCUUUUUUUUCUUUGUUCACUUUUUUUUAAAGUUCCUCCACAUGUAAAGAAGAUGCUUUUUUCAAUAUACUCUUCCUAACUGCGAUUUUAGCAGACCAGAGCACAAGUGUUUGUACAUUUUAUGGAAGAAUAUGUGUUUACAUACUGUAUGAGCGGGAUCAUCUCAAGUGAAGGCAAG